AUGGCGAACCGUGACCGUGCUGACUCGGAUGAGAACGAGAAGCAUUCUUCUCACACCGAAGACACCGUCCAGACCGCGACGGACCCCAAUUAUCACGCACCGCAAGUCGAGAAGAUUCCUCAGUUGAACACCGAUAACCUACUGCAUCUUCCUGACAAUGAUCGCCCCAACAUGUCGCCAUCGCUCUCGGGCAACCGAGAACAAGCUUCUCGCCUAAACGAUGACCUCGAACUCCUACGAGCCGAGCGCCUCGUGUCCAAUCAAGAGCAUGAAGGUCGUUCGCACAAGGGGAGGUCUCAUAACCCCGAGCCUGAGGACGUCUUUGCUGGCAACCCCAAUGCAGAGACGCCAAAGCCACCGCCCGAGAAGAAAGCCGGCGCCUUCGCUUUUGCCGUCUGGAAGUGGCUUCGAAAGUUCCCCCGUUGUUUCCGCUACACCGUUUACAUGAUUCCCGGAGCUGCUCUGUUGUUGAUCCCCGUCUUGAUCGGCAAAUUUGCUGUGGACCCCGACAGCUCGACUGUCGGUGGCCCAACCGGUGUCUACCUUCUCUGGUUCGGUAUUUGGCUUGAGGUUGUCUGGUGCUCUCUUUGGACAUCACGCAUGAUUACAAGUUUCAUUCCUCACCUGUUUGGCGGCCUUGCCAUUGUCAUGGGUUCCAGCAACCACAAGAAGUGGAGGGAUGUUGGCCAGGGCCUCGAGCUUCACACUGCUCUGUUCAUGUGGAUGCUUUCUGUGCUCUGCUCUUUCUCACCCAUCAUUGAAGACCACCGUGUAGUACCUGAUGGCCAAGACCCAGAUGAUUUGCCGACACUUCAGUGGAUCGACAUCGUCCGGAAGGUCAUUAUUGCCAUCUUUGUGCUGGCAGCCCUGAAUUGGGUUGAGAAGAUUUGCAUCCAAUGGAUCGCCACGUCCUUCCAUCAACGCACUUAUGUUCAGCGCAUCGAAACUAAUAAGAGCGACAUCGACCAUUUGGUCCACUUGUACGAGCACUCCAAGAUGCGCAUCGCUCGCGAGGACUCCAUUUGGCAGACGACGGAAACCGGUGGUCCUUCAGGUGCCCGCACUCCCAUGGGCUUUGUGGGUAAGAACGUUCGGUACGCCUUCAAGCAAGCUGGAGGUGUGGCGGCCCGUGUUGGCAAUGACUUUAUUGGAAGGAAGGUUGCCUUCAAUCACGCCCGAAAGAUCGUAUACGAGAUGAUGCGCAACACAGCGUCCGCCCAUACCUUGGCCCGUCUCAUUUUCCGCAGUCUGGUGAGGCCUGAUCAAGACACCAUCUAUCUCGAGGAUAUGCAGGUCGCCUUCAAGACCGCCGAGGAAGCAGAGCACGCUUUCGGAAUUUUCGACAAGGAUCUCAACGGUGAUAUUUCCAUGGAGGAGAUGGAGGGAACAUGCAAUGAAAUUCACCUUGAGCGCAAGGCUAUCGCUGCUUCCCUGAAGGAUCUUGACUCUGUUAUCAAGAAGCUCGACAAGGUCUUCCUCUUCAUCAUUGUCGUUAUCGCCAUCAUCGUCUUCAUCUCUAUUCUUUCGGGUUCGGCCGCCGCCGGUCUUGCCUCUGCUGGCUCAAGCUUUUUGGGUCUUGCUUGGAUGCUGCAGGCCACUGCCCAGGAAUUCCUUCAAUCAAUUAUUUUCGUCUUCGUCAAGCAUCCGUUUGACGUUGGUGACCGCGUUACUGUUUACGGCAACACCGGUACUCUUGGCACCGGCGACGACUACUACGUCACGGAGGUCUCUCUCCUUUACACUGAAUUCAAAAAGAUGGAAGGUCAUAUCGUACAGGCGCCGAACAGCGUGCUUAACACCCUCUUCAUUCUGAACCAGCGCCGUUCUGCCGGUCUCGCCGACCCUAUCGAGUUGAAGCUCGGUUUCGGCACCGACCCGGCCCUCAUUGAGGAACUCAAGUCCCGCAUGCUCAACUUCUGUCUUGACAACAAGCGCGACUAUCAGCCUCGCAUCAUUACUGAAGUCAAGACUCUCAAUGAAGUUCAGUCCUUCACUAUGAACCUAAUCUUCUUCCACAAGUCCAACUUCCAAAAUGAACUUCUCCGUCUUCAGAGACACAACAGAUUCGCCGCUCAGCUCAUGGCCGAGAUCCGGGACCUUGGCAUGCAGGGCCCUUGGCAGGUGCAGCCCGGUGGUUCCCGCGAGUACCCUAUCUACUGGACCGGUGGUGCCCCUCCCCCAUCUUACGAUACCUCCAACAAGGCGGGGCCCAGCGGCGCCCCUCCUGCAACUCCCGACGAGAAUCAGUCCAUUCAAUCUACCUCUCAUCAGUCUACUACCGCUGGUCAAGCUGUUGCCACUCGUGCUCGCGCCGAUUCGCGAGGUGUGGUUCCUUUUAUCGACGACAAUUGGAGCGACUUCCAGGAUGUCUUCGAAUCUCGUAGGGAAGCCCAGCAGCCGCACAUUAGCAGAUUACAGAGCAUCCGCGAACGUGAUGACGUUGAGCCCCCUCAGAGCAGCAGCUCAGGUGUCUUGCAUCCGCGACAGAGCCAAGACUCGGCAUCUCAGCGGCGAAAGUUCUGGGGUAGACCAAGAAGCUCCAGCAGGGCGAAGUCCAACGACAUCGUGUAA